AUGAAGAUGCAGAGGACCACUGUCAUCCACCAAGACUACUCCCAUUACAUCCGAAAGUGCAGCCGCUCGCCCGGGGCGCGGGAAAACCUGCCUCCCACCCUGGCUCGGGAAUUCGAUUCCGUUUCUAACCCCGGCUCAGAAGCCCGAGUUCCCCCACACACACGCGGUGGGGCGAGGCAAGGGCGGGACUCAACACGCCGCGGCUCUCCCACCAUUCCCUGGGCCCCCAACCCCGACACGCCGGGGCCCGAGCGUCCCCGAUCCCGCCCUGAGGCAAACUUUUCGAGGUCCCCGAAGGCUCGAAGAAGCGGCGCCAUCGACGUACCUCAGGCCGAGUGGGCUCGGUCGCCGGGCUGGGGUCGGUCGCUGCGGUCCCCUCCCCGCUCUGGGGGCCCAGGCGAGGGUCCCCAGCUGCCUCACGCCCUCCCUCAGCCCGCCUUCUCCCCUCGGAAGCCGGGCUGGGCCAGUGGCGCCGGUAACUCGGCGCCGGCGAAAGGAGAAGUGGAAGUUGAGCUCGGCGCCCGGUCGGUCCCCGCGGCCGCCGGGGCCACCGUCCCCCUUCCUCCUUCCCUCCCUCUUUCCUCCCUGCCCGCCUGCCCCCGCGGCCCCGCGCCCGUGACUCACCUCGGCGCCGGGGCAGGCUGGUCCGGGCGGGCGAGGCGCAGGGCUCUCCCACACGUCGCGCCGCCAAUGGCAAGUUGGAGGGCGAGAUGCAAAUACCAGUGGCCGUGCUUUCACCAGGGGAUUCCUGAUCCUGGAGCCUCACCAUUCUCUGCUGGUCUCUUGUCCAUGAGGCUCCCCUCUCGAAAUCGUGCUCUCAGAAGAAUGUCUGAUAAGGCCAGGCCAGAAGCUGCUGAGGGCUAAUGGUGGAUACCUCCUAAGAGUGUGGUUUAAACCAGAGCUGAAGCCUCAAGGCACAGAAAAGCCAGAGGAAAGGUCUUCUUCUUGGGAAG